AUGGAAGGCGGCGGCGGCGGUGUGAGGGGGUACUGGAUGAGGAGGAAGUACCAACGCCUCGGGGGCGAGGGGAGGAGGACGAAGAACCAGCGACACCGGCACCGCCUGGGCCUCGCCCCCGGCGAUGGGCGGCGCAGGAGGUUCUGGAGGAUAAGGAUCUCGCCGUCGGUGGCUUUCCUCCGGCGGGUCAUCUCCCCCCGCCGGUUCCUCGCGUCGCUGAGGGACGCCUACGUGCGGCUGAUGCUGCGCAUCGCGAACUUGCCGGCGAUCGCCGCUGGCGGCGGCGGUGGCGGCUUCUGCUCCUUCGGCCCAGGGUUCACCGCGCCGGCGUUCGGCCGGCCGGCCAUUAGAGAGUACGACGAGAAGAUGAUCGUGGAGAUUUACAAGUCCCUGCUGGCCCAGGGCCGGCUGACCGCCCUCGCCCCCGGAGACGGUGUCGGGAUCGCCGCCGGCCGGUAA